CAUUGUUCAAUAAACGCCCUCCUGAGUGCACGCUGUCCAACAGCGACACGGCGAAGACGUAAAGGGAACGUUCACUUUAUUUGACUUUCCCUUCUCAUUCGAAGACAGCUUUCUAAGACUGCUAUGACGUCUCGCAGGUGGUUCCACCCCAACAUCACCGGCAUCGAGGCAGAGCAGCUCCUGUUGACGCGGGGGGUCCACGGCAGUUUCCUAGCCCGGCCGAGCAAGAGCAACCCGGGGGACUUUACUCUCUCUGUCAGGCGGAGUGAUGAGGUCACCCAUAUUAAGAUCCAGAAUUCAGGGGACUACUACGACCUCUAUGGAGGGGAGAAGUUUGCCACGCUGGCAGAGCUGGUGCAGUACUACACAGAGCAGCACGACCUCCUCAGAGAGAGGAAUGGAGACGUCAUCGAGCUCAAGUACCCACUCAACUGCAAAGACCCCACCUCCGAGAGGUGGUACCACGGGCACCUCUCUGGUCGCGACGCUGAGAAGCUGCUUACGGACAAGGGCAAGCCUGGCAGUUUCCUGGUGCGUGAGAGCCAGAGUAAACCAGGUGACUUCGUGCUCUCUGUCCUCACCAACGAGGAGAAGCAUGAAAAUGUGGACCGCAAGACCAAGGUUACCCACGUCAUGAUCCGAUACCAGCAGGAUGGGAAGUAUGACGUGGGCGGAGGAGAGAGGUUUGACACGCUAGCUGACCUGGUGGAUCACUACAAGAAGAACCCCAUGGUGGAGAAGAGUGGAAUUGUUGUUCACCUCAAACAGCCCUUCAAUGCCACCAGAAUAAAUGCAGCCAACAUUGAGAACAGGGUAAAGGAGCUCAACAAAGUGGCAGACAACUCCGAGAAGCCCAAACAAGGGUUCUGGGAAGAGUUUGAGGUGCUACAGCAGCAGGAGUGUAAGCUCCUCUACCCCAGGAAAGAAGGACAGACAGCAGAGAACAAGAGUAAAAACCGAUACAAGAACAUCCUCCCUUUCGACACUACGCGGGUGGAGAUCAGGGAAGCAGAUGCAGAUGUGCCUGGCUCAGACUACAUCAAUGCCAACUACAUCAGAAGUAUGCAUGAAGAGGGCUGUCAUGUGGAGGAGGGCAAGGUGUUCAUCGCCACCCAGGGCUGCCUUCAGAACACUGUGGUGGACUUCUGGAAGAUGGUCUACCAGGAGAACACGCACGUCAUUGUCAUGACCACCAAGGAGAUGGAGAGAGGACGGAACAAGUGUGUGCGCUACUGGCCUGACCUCAACGCCACUAAGGAGUUUGGGAAAGUGUGUGUGAAGAACGUGGAGGAGCGUCCGGCUCAGGACUACAUCCUGAGGGAACUGGAGGUGACGCGUUUGGACCGGAGGGAGCCGAUGAGGUAUAUCUGGCACUACCAGUACCUGAGUUGGCCUGACCACGGUGUUCCCAACGAGCCUGGGGGCGUGCUCAGCUUCCUGGAGCAGGUCAACCGCACGCAGAGCACCAUUCGAGACACCGGGCCCAUUGUGGUCCACUGCAGUGCAGGAAUCGGGAGAACAGGCACCAUCAUUGUCAUUGAUAUUCUCAUUGACAUCAUCAACAGACAAGGAUUAGACUGUGACAUCGACAUCCCUAAGACCAUCCAGAGGGUUCGUCAGCAGCGGUCAGGCAUGGUGCAGACAGAGGCCCAGUAUAAGUUCAUCUACAUGGCUGUCCAGCAGUACAUUGACACGGCACAGAAGAGACUGGAGGAGGAGCAGAGAAAUAAGACAAAGGAGAGGGAGUACUCCAAUAUCAAAUACCCCCAGAUGACCAACGCUCGGUCAAAACCCAACAUGACCUGUGUGUCACGCUCCUCCUCUGUGGUGACGAACGACGACCCGUCCGCUGUGUAUGAGAACCUGAACAUCAAGAACCCAAGUACCUCUGGGAACAGCAGUAACACCAGGAAGUAAAAGUCCAGCCACAGACCUCUGCCUCUCUCAACCUCUCUUUUCAACAGAGGUGCCGCUUCGCCAGCGCACCAUGGGGGACCUGUGGAGCUCUGGCCCCUGACCCUCUGGCAGUGGAACCCCUCCCGCUGCCAUGCUGGCUGUCUGGAGCCUCCCUCUCCAAGGAUAGAGGGGUACAGCACAGUGCUCUUGUCCUUCUAUCUCCACCCCCCCCCCCCCAUCUCUCUCGCUCUCUGAAUGACUUCAAGUCUCUACAACCUCUCCUGUCUACGGACAAAGUGCCUCGUCUACAGACAUGUAUGUAACCCCCGUAUUUGGUCCCACAGUUGUUCCAUCUCAUCCCCUAACCCACCAACCAACCCAACAAAUGUCCAUUGCUUAUUUCUGUCGACUCGAACUAAAUCAACACGAGAAACAAACAAUGGUGUACUCAAUGUUCAAGUGAUGUUUUCCUCCAUCGUGUUCAACCAUGAAUGGGGUGGACGAGACAAGAAACGGUAAGGGUAAAGCUAUGCCGUUUCUCUUUGCGCUGUUGGAAUCCCUGCUCGCUCGCUCGCUCUCUCUCUCUCUCAAUUCAAUUCAAUUCAAAGUGCUCACUCUCACUGCUGGCUAUCAUCUACUUGAACCAAAGACUCUAGCGAUGUUCUGUUUUUGCUAGCAGCAGUCAUUACUGCAGCGUUGAGUAAUGGCGGGGAAACAGUGACGUGAUCUGCUACCACUGAGGCACUGGCACGGACAAGCAAAGUCCUUACACGUCCCUUUCCCAUGAAAGGCAAGAGGAAAGUCAGGAUAUUCUUAAUGGGCCUUUGUCAGUGGGGAGCUGAUUUGUUUAUCUUAUUGGUUCCACCUGUGGUCUUUUGUGCCAUGCUCAUCUACUUAGUGCUUCCACCAUCACAGCUACUGAGAGCCUAUUCAAUCAAUGAUAAUGAGCUCCUCUCUGGACUCCAUUUUGUUUCUUGUCCUGUGGUUGCUGGAAGGGGGAGCUUGAAGCUCAAGGAGGGGGAGCUUGAAGCACCAAUUUACUUGUGCAAUUUUUCUAUUUAUUUAGUUUUAAUCUGUGUCCUUUCAAUUCAUUCUUGUUUCUUUUAUUGUUAUUAUUGGUGUGAUUUUGUAAUGUACAGGACAUGGUUUUUAAUGUUAGAUCCAAUUCCAUUAUUAUCAGGUGACAAAAAGCACAAUUCUCUGAAUUUGCAGUUGCUUUGCAGAUCCUGUUUUAUGAGAAAUUUGAGGUCAACGUCAAUUGAUAAAAUCGGUCGGAUCUGCAGUCUUUCUCUCUCUGUGUAGGUUGUAACUCCCGUUGGUUUCAGCGAAGGUUUUCCUCCUAAUCGAAUGGCAUAAUAAACAGGGAAGAAAUGUCAGGAUGCCAGCUAGGCUGCCAUCACUGAAGUCUUUAUGAAUAUUACUGGGCCAGAUGGCCUACAGCCCAAGAUUAAAGAGUAGAUUUGUCUCCAAAAAGUAAUUUACAAGAUGGUUAUAAUCCAGGCUUGACUUUGUUUGGGAGAGUAAAAACCGACAUCAGUGAUGUCAUAGGAAGGGUGACACCACACAGCAAAGAGCCUUCAGUUAUAUAUAUAUAUAUAAUGGGCAGUGGCUUCUUUCUUAACUAUUCUUAGCAUUUUGCAUAAAAAUCUAAUGUCUAAGGUGUUCACACUGGAUUUAGCCAGUGGCUCAAUGAUGUCAUCCUUUGAGUGACCCUGUUGGUUGGCUACAUAGAGGCUGUGCAGUAUCGUCUGCUGGUUGUGCAGAGCUGUUCUUGUACAUAGUGUUCAGGCCUUUCAACUAGGGCUUGACUACGUCAUCCCUUGCUCAUCCUAACACCAGUGCAGUAACUUUCCGCAAUACUGAAAGUCUGAUGUUUCAGUAUUUCCCUUCAAAUUAUGUUUCAGUAAGUCCAUUCUAAGUGUUAUAGGACACAUUUCGCUGCAGUUUAGUUGUUGAUAUAAUACUCAUGCUAUAAGUGGUAUGCUAUAUAUAAAUGGUAUGCUAUCCUGAAGUGAACAUUGAAAAUCUUUGUCAAAUGAACCUUCUCCAUUGUUCAACUGUCUGCCGAACUUUCAAUCUUGUCCAAUGAAUGAAAAAUGGAAAUGUUUAGUUUCUAUUUUCUUAGGCCUAGAUUCGAUCAGAUCAAGCGUUAACCGGUGAUAGCCGACCCUGGCAUAGGGAUGUUUUGGCGGUGUCAGCAAGUGGAACUGCAUUGGAGCUGUCAAAUCGGUGAACAGCUGCUCUUGUGAUCAUUGUCACAAAGCCACACCUGUCCCACUCGCGUUAGUUCAGAAGGAGAAAGUUUAGCCUACAUAGAAAUAAUGACGCUCAAAUUGAAAAUCAUUAAACAAAAUAAUGAGGAUUUCUAUCAGCCUAAUCGAGGUGUAGAUUACAUCUCACAUUCCAGUCUUCGAACUCUUAAUGUGACUCCGUGCAGCCAAUGGCAAUGUCCGCUUUAUGUAUAAUGAUAGGAAAACACUUAUGCAUUUGACAGCUCUAACGCUGUUCCACCUACAGCACUGCCAAAAUUACUACUGUGUGGAUGUCGGCUCAAUUGGAUGUGAUUGAUUAGUCCUUUAAUUAUGUUGCACUGUUUUUGAUGAUUUUUUAUUGUAUUUCACUUUGCCUCUAAGGGUCAAAACUUUGUAUGAUGUGGUGAAACAUUGAGGGGUGAAUCCUACUUAGCUUAAGGAUGAAUUUUCAUUGAGUUAUGCAUUGAUGUCAGUGGGAGACUAUGUGAAAAUUUGACUAAAGUGGAAAUUAGUGUUCGCUCUUAACACUUCAAUACUUGAAAUUCUAUUAAAAAUGGCUAAAUGCGGUAGCUCCAGACUUGUGAUCUGUGACUGUCAGGAUGCCCAUUGGCUGUUUUAAAAGAGUACAGUAUGUUGACAGUCUGCUAGAAGUAUGACAUCGGUGUUGUAAAUUUUAUUUUCAUUUACUGAGGUGUUUCGAAUUUUACAUUUCCUGUUGGUGCAUUUUAUAUUGUGUAAGAUUAUUUGUUUGAUUAUUGUUAUUAUUUUAGUUUCUAUUUGGUGUUAUUACACCGUUGAUAAUAACAUAAUGAUAAUGAAUUGUCAGUUAAGCAGGUGUUCUUGAAAGUACACAGAAAUGAUGAGUUAUUUUAUUUCUGCUCCUUAAUUUACUUGAAUAUGAUGUUGACAUAGUUGGUUGCGAUAUGCCUGAUUUGAGUAGUGGUAUACUGACUGUUCCUGUAUUCAGGUGACUGUUUUUCCCUCUUGCACUGGCUCAGCCUUAACGCCUUCUGUCCAGGCUUAUAGCGCUGAUGCAAUGAGAAUGUCUGAAAUGACGACAAAAUGAUUAAAAAUGUAAUAGUUUAAUAAAAAUCUAUGAAUGAAA